AGGAUAGCAUAGCCUCCUGUUAGAGCAUGGCUACACACACAGAGUAGUGGAAGAAACAUUAAAUUAGUUAUUCAAUUUUGAAGUGCUGAAAAUGGACAGAGUGGUGUUUUACAUUUUAAAAACCCACUUAAUCAUGUGCAAAGUUCUAAUCUUAUUCAACUUGAAAUGGCUGUAGGAUGCCAGGUUGGAUGGAGUGACAGUCCAUCGUAAGACAUAGAGAAACAGUGUUCAAGGAGAUUAAACUAAUAAUGCAGUAAAUUAUGGAUAGGGGGAAUCAAACUGGAGUUUGUGAUCUGUAAAUCUGAAGAAAAAGUACUUUAAAGAAGACCCAGAAUGCCAUCUAAACUUCCAAGUUUGAAAAUGCUUGUUAUGCUGUGCUCACUGCUGGUAGAAGAUAGUGUGGCAGAUUCUCCUAUAGUCCCCACUAAUCUGGAGUGUGUAACAUAUGACCUGAAGAACAUCAGCUGCUCCUGGAACUCUAGGGUUGACACAAACCUGGAAUCCAUAUAUAAUGUCUGCAUAGGAAGCAAAUGUGAAACAACUACAGAGAGGACAGCUACAUUUCCUUUCAUUAUUUUUCCUUCUUCACGGACAAUACGCAUUACUGAAAGUAAUAGCCAGGGAUCUGCAACCAGUAAUUUUUUGGUAACAGAAGAGGACAUCGUUUUUAUUCCUUCUGCUCCUAAAAAGGUGAUGCUAAAUACAACUUCAUUAUGGACUCUGUCAGUGUCCUGGACUGAUGACUUUUCAAACAGUUUAGAUAUGGAGUAUCAAAUUCAAGUUCUACUGACUGAGAAAAUGCAAGUUGUUUAUAAUGGGAGUUAUUUUACUCAUUUACAAAAUGCUGGCAGAAGCUUUCAGUUUAACUGGACUUCUUCAAUGCCCUUGGAAUGCACUUCGCACUCUGUCCAGAUCCGUGCCAUCUGCCGAGAUAAGUUUCUUCUGACUAAAAAGUUGUGGAGCCCAUGGAGCCCAUUAAUAACAAUCCCAGGAGCAGAUAAACAAGAGCUCUCUGAGAUUUUGGUGCUUCCAGUAGACUCAGUUACACCUGUGGGUUCCAAUAUGACUUUCUGCUGCAUAGUUCCAAGUGGUUUUUCUAUUAGAAGCAUUAUGUAUGGGAGUGAAAAACUUCCUCUGAUUGACCUUGGCAGCCGCAGUAAAGCCAUCAUCAAAUACAAUCAACCAUUUUCUAGCAGCAGUGGAGCAAAUAUCAUCUGCAAUGCUGAUCCACCUGAAUCUGAUGGAACAGUCAUCUUUGUUGGCUAUCCACCCGAUGAUCAUCAGCUGACAUGUGAAACAAGGGACUUGAAGACAAUAAAGUGUAUGUGGAAUAAAGGUCGACCAACGCAUUUGCUUGGCCUAAGAAGAACAGUAUAUGAAAUUAUAGAAGGGAUUUCUGGUAAUAAUACAAGUUGCCAUUCGGCUUUAAAUGGUGAAACAAACACAUGUCUCCUCUUGGCAUUAACUGGUCAGAAUCAUUAUAAGUUUCUGUUAAAAGCAAAGAACGAGUUGGGAGAAUCAGAGGCCACUGAUGAGAUGAUUUUGGAACAAAGAGUUUGUCCAAAAGAGUUUAAGUCUGUGAAAGUCAUGUUUGUCAGUUCAAGAGAUGCCAGGGUGUCCUUGUCCUGGGAGGACAGCUAUGAAAACAUCAUCACACUCUUGUGUCAAGUCCAGCUACAGACAAAUGAUGGACACUUGGACAUGCGUAACUAUACUUUGGCUGGUCCAGCAGGCCAACAUUUUCUGAUUAAUUUGGACCAUUUGGACCCAUUCACGGUAUAUAACUUCCAAGUCCGGUGCUCAUCUGCUGAUUAUUUUUGGAAAUGGAAUAACUGGACUCCUGCUAUGACUUUUCAAACAAAAGAAGAAGCUUCAUCAAAAGCACUUGAUGUGUGGAGAAAAAUUAAAGAUACAGGAAGUGGUAUCAUUCUAACAGUUGUGUGGAAGCCACUUUCAAGGUCUGAGGCCAAUGGCAUUAUUACCAACUAUGAAAUUACCAUCAAGGACCUUUUUAACAACAGAACAGAGCAACUUAUCUCUGUAUCUGGAGACUUAAACACCAGCACUGUGCCUCUUGGCUACAGUAAAUAUACAGUUUUAGUCACAGCUAAUAACUCAGCUGGUUUGUCUCCUGUCUCAGAGUUUAGUGUCUCUACACUUACUGAUUUUGAGAACAUGCCAUCAAUAGCAUAUAGCAGGGGUGGAUAUUUUAAUCUGUCUUGGCCUCAGUCCAACAAUGUGACUUGUGGGUAUGUAGUGGAAUGGUAUGCCUUCAUGGACCAGCAAAUGUACAAUUUACAGUGGAUGAAAUUUCCAUCAAAUCUAUCAGAAGCAAAGAUUUCAUCAGAUACUUUUGAAGGUGGUAUACUAUAUCAUUUUAAUAUCUAUGGAUGCACAGAUCAAAACCACUUCCUCAUAAUGGAACAAGUAGGAUAUUCACUAGAAUUAGCCCCAAGCCAUGCUGUAAAAUUUAAGGUAUUAUCUACCACCUCAAGUUCAGUAACCCUUGAGUGGAAGAGCCUGCCAAUAGAAUAUCAGUGUGGUUUUAUCCGUGGGUACGUUAUUUACUAUAUGCAGCAAGUGAAAAGCAACGGCAGCAUUGCCCGAUCAGGCAGCCCAGGUGAGAAAUGGAUCAACAUCACGGACCCUGAUAUCAGGAACUGGACUGUGACCCAGCUGAAGAGCACCAAUUAUCAGUUCACAGUCACUGCAUACACAGACGGAGGAGAAAGCCCCAGAGAGAUGGUAUUCGUGAGCUUGAAUGACAAUUCUGUGGGGUUAAUUCUUGCUAUUCUCAUCCCACUCGGGGCAAUGGCUGUUUUUACACUUCUUGUUAGUGUCUUUUGCUAUAAGAAAAGAAAAUGGGUGAAAGAUACUUUUUACCCAGAAAUCCCGAAGCCAGAGAUCAAUGGCAGUGACUGGCCUGUUAAUGAGAGGCUUCCUGGCAACAGUACUCUUGAAGUGCAGCCUUGCAUGGUCAAUGGAGUCCAGAUCAUUGAAAGCAUGCAUGGAGAGAAAGAUGCAGAGAUUUUAGACAUAUGCAAAGUUGAAACAAUCAGCAGCAACAACUCGCAGAUUGAAGAGGACAGCUCCGAGUCAGAAUCCAUCAACCAUACUGUUGUGUCUUACUAUCCUCAAAUAGUUGAUGAUGCUCCUAAAUCAUCAUCAGACACCUCUAGUGGGUCAGUGGAUUCCUGCCUUACCCAGGUCACGUAUACUGGCAUCCAACAACAACAACAACCCAGUGAGUCUAACAACGUAGAGGACAACAUACCAGACAUGGGCUAUAGACCUCAAAUGAAGCUUCAGACAUUCCCUCUGAAUUUGCAUGAAACUGCUAAUUCACCAUCACCUGAUCUUCCAGAACCAAGCACUGGUUACCGGCCACAGACCAACGCUAGCAGCUGGAGUCUUGAGUCCCCUGAAGUCAAUGCAUCCAUUGGUAGUCCCACAUCAGUGAACUCCACACAGUUUCUGUUGCCAGAUCAAGCUGCGGGAGAUGAGCAGCAGUCCCAUGCACUUGGCUGGGCCUUUACAAACUUUUUUUCCAGUACUGGCAAACACUGACAGCUUUGUCAGAACUGUUCAGGUUCAGUGGGUCAUGCCACGGAGUUUAUCAGACUGCACUGUGAAACUUAACCCAAAAUGUUAGUAAUAUGUGUCAGAUGGCAGGCGAAAUAUUGAGUGGCAUUAUUGUGUUUAACAAAAAAAAACUACAAUUGCAGCAAAUGUUGAAUUUAGAAUUGUGGUAUACAUCUCCUGCUAAUACAUAAUGCAUUUAUAAUAACUGAACUUCCAAGACGGGAGCUAUCAAGAUAUACCGGUCAGACUGUGGUAUAAUCGAGGCAAGAAUUCAGAACGGAACCUGCUAUUGAUAAACUGGAAAAGGUCAAGUAUGUAUGGUGGGCUACUUCUGGAUGUUUCUUCUAAUGUUCUUGCUUUAUAAUUUUCCUUUUGCCUUCAUCCUUAUAUUUCAUACAGUGAAUGUGUCCACUUCUUUAAACACGCCGGAAGCUGAUCUGUUCCUUCAUUUUUUUUUUUUAAUUUGUAAAUUUUAUGAUUUCUUAAAAGUCUGCAACACUUUUCUUCAAAUCAUAGUGAAAGGCACAUUCUCGGAAGAAAAGCUUGUUUUUUAUGACGUACCCAAGUACAGAAAACAGAGAACAUAAAUCUUUUAGGCUAACUGACAUGGUGGGCAACACUACCGCAGAGAGUGCUUUGGGGGGUCAAGCGCAAACAGCAGUUCCAAGAUCAGUAUUAAAAUGGUUUCCAUUUCUUAGUGAGGUUUGCACUCUUCAUAAACACUCCUAUCCACUUGCAUGUUUUAUAACUGAAAACCGAGUCCUCAUCUUCCUUCAUAAACAAAUUUUAGAUAACUGACAUCUGAUCCGCACCUACUUUACUUUAAAUCCCCCCCCCCAGCGUAGGAGUUUUAAUGCGCGUUUUCAGGAAGGCCUUGUACUCAGACAUCAAUGAAAAUAAGUUUUUCCCUUGCUUGAAACUGCCGUGUUUACAUUUUUUAGUUGUACCUGUGUGUGUGUGCGUGCGCUUUGGCCUGGUUACAAGUUCUCAAAUGGCUCGAGGACAAAGCCCAGACCUUCAGCCAUGAUCAGUGUCAUAGUGGCAGUUGAACUGAGAUAAAGUAUAAAACCUUUCAAACCUGCUUUUGAUCAACACAUAAGCACAACUUGUUAUGUCUUUAAAUGACUUUGAGAGGAAUUGCUUUUCAGUAAUGAUCUUUUCAUUGCACACAGAAAACUGUUUAAAAUAAAAGCAAGGAAAGUGGGAGUCUGUUCCAACAUGGAAACUAAAGCUAACAGUGAUGUCUGACUCCCCUCAAGUUUAACCACUCAGGAAGUCUUACUGUCAGUGUUUUCGUUGUUGUAGUUGUUUUACAUAUCCCACCCAGUGUACACAAAUACACCGACGUGCAAGUCUGCUUCGCUGAUACAGCUGGGGUCUUGCAUAGUUAUGAGUGGAACAUGCGCUUGCCUUCUUGUUGGGCUACAAAUAUAUAAGAAAAGAAUUUUAAAGGGAGAAUUUGAAUUCAUGUACCUUGGUACUCUGGUUAUAUAAAUGCUUAUAAAAAAAAUAACAUUCACAGAACAAAAGUUGCUUUUUUGUUUGUUCUUAGCACUGAUAUCAUUCAAUGGGUGAUUAUUUUGUAAUAAUUACCUGCUGCAUUUGGUUCUGCUGUUUGACAAAAAAUUUGUGUUCUUAUUAGUUCAUCAUUUCUAAGUGGUUUGUCUAAAGAGCGAGGGAACACUAACACGUUUCUGUGUGUUGUAACAGGAAUUGACAUGGAUGAGUCCAGCUUUGAAUGUAAAGCAAUUCUUAUUAAGUCAAACCACAUAAGAUUUGGCUGAACUGUGCCUGCAAAUGUAUUGUGUCUGUUUGCCUUAAACUGACACACAGACAAUUUGAACUUUCAUAUUUCACCUUCCAAGGUAUCAGAUGAUCUUUAAAAUCAUUACUAUUUAAGAGAGGAUGACAGUUUCACUGUUGUGUUACAUUUGUCCCUGAAAUUAAAAAAAAGUAUUAAACAUUUCAUUGAUGUCUUCACAUGAAAUUUAAUUUGGAGCUAAAUGAGGGCCAUGUCCCCCAAAUUAUUUAUCAUGUAAUUGUGGAGCAUCGCGUGAGCCCCACUUUGGCUCCUGCACCACGUCUUUCACUUUAUGUGUUCAUUCUAUGAGUUUCUAGUUUUGCUAAGUUUCAUUAGCUAAGUCGAGAUACACCAGUAUAUACACUACAUGUUAAGCUGUUGUUUUGUAAAAGAUUACUUUAAAAAAAAAAAGAAGUAUCUAUUUUUUGUAGCAUAUCUAAAACACUAAUGUAAAUCAUUGCUGUUACGUUUCUAAAGUUACACUGUCUAUGUAGUUUCUACUUCAGUAUCACAAACACUAUAAUAAUGGUAGCUUUGUAAUGGCUGCGUUUUAGGUGCUAUACCUGUAUGUAUUUGCAUGGCAUAUUGUAUGACAUUAGCCAAGUAUAGUCUAUAUGAACAAAUCUUUGGUAAGCCUUUCAUUGAAGAAAUGCCAAGAUUAUAAUUAGUGUCAGUGUUCUUAUUGAAUAAAAGACAUUGUAAAAUAUACUUUUUUUUAAAAAAGCACAGAAUGUGUGACGAUAAAUGUACAAAGUAUGUAGAUAUUAAGAAAGCCUGCAUUUCCUUAAUGGAUUCUCUGUGCUACGGCAUUACUGAAUCUCACGGAGAUUAUUGUAUGGAUUGUUAUUGUCUGGAUUGUCUGUCCCUUUUUAUGUGUUAAUUAGGACGGUCAAUGCUAGCUGCAUGAAGACAGUGUGCGCAUUAAGGCACCAUUCUGAACAGUAAGUGGUAUUUUUUUUUUACAUACUGUUUACAGAGAAGAGUGUUAUUUUAAAAGAGGGGUUAAAAGAUGUUUAGCUGACCAGUUUUAAAAUAAGAAUCAGGUUUAAUCAUUCUGUAGACCAAAUGUGCAGUGAUGCUGGUGACUUUAAGCAUCUCACAUGCAAAGAAUCACUAAAGCAAAGAAGAAAGAGCUUGCAUUGCGGCUGUGAAAUUCUAACACAAUUAACUGCACUUGUUUGUGUUUUUUUUUUGUUUUUCUUUAUAUUUGUGAUUGUUGCUGAUUAGAUCAAAUUUGCUUGACACAGCAAAUAGUGUGAACGGAAUAUGUGUGUGAUAAAACGUAACAUGCAUUAAUGUGACUAAUAGUGCGCUGGUAAUCAGAGAUCUUUUUGGAGUCCCCAGUACAAUGAUAGCAGAUUGUCAGCAACGUCAAGCUUUUUUUUUUUUUUUUUUUUUUAUAAACCUAUAAUAGAAGUCCAAAGGGAAAUUGUGUGUAUUUUUUAUGUCAUUUUUUUUAUUUACGACCAUGUCUUGCCAUUUCUUAUUUUGUUUUAGAAUAUUCCCCGAUUCUCAUUUUACCUGACAGUACAUCUCUCUGUGGGAUUUUAGCUGCUACCUCAGUUGUACCUUCUGCCUCAUCCACUGACCUCCUCUUAGAUGUAUGCACAGCCCAGAAGCAUAACCAUUUCAUGUGGUCUUUAAAUAAGUCGCGGUCCUUAACACUGUUGAUGGUGCACUGCUGUGAAAACCAGAAAAAAAACAAAAAUAAUAAACUGUAUAUGUACAUCUUCCAAAUUUACUACAAAGUGCCUAAAGAACAAGUCUUUGUUUGGAUUUUAUUUUAACAACGCUGUGCUUCUGGUAAUACACAUUCUGUACUUCUUCCAAUUCAGAUCUCCCCCUUGAGUUACAUUUUUAAGUAUUGUAUCACUACCUUAUACUAAUGUUGAUUUCUUUUGUCUCAGAUUAACAAUUUCAUUAGGUCAAUGAAAUAACUAAAAUCACCAAGUGGUUGUGCUUUUAUGACUGACACAAAAAAUAAACCAUUAAAUCAA